AACAGUCCUUGGGCGACUUAUCUGAUUUCAUUAAACAAGUUUAUUAUUUGCUGCAAAUGGUUUUACACGAAAUGUGUUAUGGCAGUUGAACUUUCUAGAUUAAGGGCUAAUCCCUUUUUCACAUUAAUACAUUUACCUUAGAGUUUACUGGCGUAGGACAGAUUCUUUUUUAACAAAUCUCAAAUGUUUUCACACUCCUUAACCCUAGUAGGGCAUUGUGAUUUCCACAACAAUUACAAUACCUUAUAUCGUGAGAUUCUUUAACAUAUUUGGUCACUACACACUUGGUACAUUACCCUAUAUUUGGUCAUUUAAGCACUGCAACAGUUUAAUCACAUAAGCUCUCACUUUGCAUCUUAUGUAUGCCAACUUCACAUGAGUUGGUAGAUAUAUUUUUGAAUAUGUUUAAGUAUUUAUACAUUAUACAGUCAGGAAAGAUUAAUCUGCAUAAAGAGCAGUGGGCAUCAAUCCUUGCAGAUGCAUGCUCUGUUCAACUUCCUGUUUGCAGUAACAUGGUGCUCAAUUUUAAGGAUGAUUAGCUAGAUCACGUGUCAAACUGGUUCCAUGGAGGGCAGAGUGUCUAUAUGUUUUGACUUGUAACAUGUGCUUGAUUGAUUAGUUAGACCACUAAUCAUUUAGGAUUUCCUCUCAUGGUUGUAUAGGUUUCAGUUGGGAAUUAAUUCAAAGAAAAAUUAAACCAGAAUACACUAGGCCCUAUGUGGAAUUGGUUUGAAAACUGUGAGGUAAACAAACAAGGUGUAAAACAGCGGCAUGAGUGACUGCACAAUAACACACAUUAUAAUGGCAAGAUAGCGGAUUGACUGCUCUUACAGUCAGCAAGUUCAUAUUGCAUUGCCAUGUGAGCUGGGGAAGUGUUCUCACAUUUUUCAAGGUCAGCAGACCAUGCAAGAAAAAAAGGAUGCUGGAAGAACCAUUCUAGCCAAUUCACUGCUCGGCAAUGCAAACAAUGCAUUUUCCAUCACAACCAUCUACAAAUUAGAUAUUUUCCAACAUGGGGCACAUACUGCUAAAACAGACAUGGCACCUAAAAAGAGAAUCCGUGGCUCCACAAGAACAUCACAGUCCUGUAGCAAGGAAGAGACUAAAACUGGGUCCCUCAGUGAGGACUCUGUAGUAGAAUCUGCUCAGGGAGUCAAGGGGAAAAGGAAAGCUGUAACCUCAGGCAAGACAAGAAAACAGUCAAUUUCAAAAGACGAAUUGCAUGAACGACCACAGUUCUGUCACUGGCUGAUGAAGUCAGAGCCAGAGAGCCGCUUUGAAAAUGGCAUAGAUGUCAAGUUUGGGAUCGAGGAUCUGAAGGCUCUUCCUAAUCAAAGAGGGUGUUGGGAUGGUGUACGGAACUACCAGGCCCGGAACUUCAUGAGAGACAUGAAAGAAGGGCAGCAGGCAUUCUUUUACCACAGCAACUGCAAGGAGCCUGGAAUUGCUGGAAUUGUGAAGAUUGUAAAGGAGUCUUAUGUGGACCACACUCAGUUUGACAAGAACGAUGUCCAUUAUGAUGCCUCCAGCAAGGCAGACAACCCCAAAUGGAGUAUGGUUGAUGUCCAGUUUGAAAGGAUGCUGAAGCGUUUCAUUCCUCUGUCUGAGAUGAAGAAGAUCCACCUAGAGCAUAAGGCCAGAGUCGGACCACUGAAGGACAUGGCUCUUUUCACCAGGCCAAGGCUGUCUGUCCAGCCCCUCACAAGCGAGGAAUUUGACUUUGUCCUGAGUUUAGAAGACAAAAACCCAUCCCUGUGAGACUUUGGACAAGAUGACCAAGAGAAAUGUUUUUGUUCUAUAUUUAGCUGUAGAUGGUAC